AUGUCCAAAAAGCUAAAGACUGAUACCAACAGUGGACAAAAACCUCCAUAUGAACGUAGAAUCUAUAUCUACCUACCAAAGGAGGAUGAACACAAAGACCAUAUCACUGGCGAGGUUUGUUAAGCACCCGUCCGAUGAAUGGUCUUACAAGUAAACCUAAGAUCAUUUUUAUAAAUUUUUCUGCACUGAUAAAUGAGACAAUGGUGAAUUUUAAGCUUGGAAAUAAAACUGCUGAACCUAGCAGUAUGCAUGCAGGAUGCAUGUUAAAUGGGCUGGCUCUCCGGGAGUUCUUGUAGCUCACUGGAAAGAGUUUCUGCCCGACGUUUGGGAUGUCAUGGGUCAAUUUCUGUCAGGGACUCAGCUUUGUUUCUUUGCUUCAUGCUUGUGUCAUGUUGAUGCUAUCAUCCUUUUCACAUUUUUCUGUACUGUCACUUACUUUCUUAAUCUACCGUUUUGUCUAUUAAACUGUAUUUUGAUUUUAAGACAGGAUCAACAAAAUAAACAAGUUCAUUCUGAUUAAUUUGUGCCCAUAAUUUAAAAGGAAAGUCAGGUCAUCAUGCAAAGUGUAAUAAGUCGAUACCAGAAAUUGUAAUCUAAAGUACCCAUGUCAGUAGCAAUAUACCUCUAAUCGGAUGCCACUGACAUCCUGAGUAGAAUAGUUAUUACUCUACUCAGGCUCAGUGACAACUAUUCCACAAUAUUGGCUUAACCUCGUGCGGAUCAUCGACCAUUCAGUAUUAUUAUUAAUUAUACAUAUUAAAUUAUAUAUUUGUAUAGUUAUUAACAUAAUUUUUUUCCUUCUUUUUCAACAAAUAAGGUUGGUGGUCUUCUGCAACCAAUUGACAAACGGCUUGUAGACAAGAUUGAAGAGCUUGUUGGUGAAGGUGUUAAAACUGUUGAUGAAAUGAAAAGACACCUUAAACAGUUUGUGAAAUGUGAACUUUUUCCAGGGCAGACUCCACCUCCUAUUACAAACAGGCGCUUCUAUCCCACAGAUGUGGAUGUCAGGAACCACAUGUAUCGGGCAUCGGUAAAAAAAUUGCUGUCCAAAGUGGAUCAGGAAAACCUGCAAAGGAAAAUAGAAAAUUGGCGUGAGGAGCAUCCUGAGGACUCGUUCUAUUUUCGACCCAGUGCUCUGUCUACCUCAGCUACUGCCGAAACAGGAAGUGAAACAGAUGAGACUUGUGAGCAGACUGAAGAACUCCUCUUUGCACAUCAAACAGCCUGGCAGAAACAUCUUAUGAAUCUUUAUGGAAAUAUCCCUCCUUGA